GCUUGAAUUUUGUUUUUGUUUUUCUAGAUCUUUGUUUUGAUGGUUCAUUGAUGUUGAUGGUUGUGUCUUUUGCUUCGUCAAUUUUGUUUUGAUUUCGAUAGUUUUUCUAAUGAAAUUAUGCAUAUUGAUGGUGCAGUUUAUAGUUCAUUUUGAAAUUUUUGUAGUUUCAAAUUUGGUGAUUCAAUUCGUAUGAUUUGCUGAGAUAACUAGGUGAACUUUCUUUGUCAGGAAUGGCUAUAGUUGGAAAUAAUAGCAAUGUCCCGUUGAGUACUUGAGGUUGAACUCUUGAUGAAGAUUGUGUUUGAGGAACUGUGUUUUGGUGGUUUUUUUUGAUGUUGAUGGCUCUCUAUUUUGCUUCCUCAAGUUUGAUUUGGUAGUAUAUCUAAUGAAUUCGGCUAGUAAAAUGAAUAUAUGUGAAUCAAUGUUGCACUUUAUAUUUCAUUUGGAAUUCUGGUAGUCUCAAAUUUGCGCGAUUUGAUGCAUUUGAUUAGCUAUGAUAAGUAGGAGAGCUAGCAACUCUCGAGCGAUUAUCUGUGGUAUAAACUCUUGAGGACGGUUGUUAGAAUGAGUUCUCAAUCACAAUCAUAAGGCUUAUGUAGAAGCUCUUUGGUUUCCCUAAAAGAAGGCAGAGGCUCUCAUGCUGUGUUGGUUUUUUCUUCAUUCACAGUUGCUGUCUGUUUUGAUUCUUGUGGCGUUAUGCUAAAUUUUUCUGUAUGUGUCUUGCCACUAUUGAAAUUAUGCUAUAUGCAUAUGAUGUGAAUAAUGUGAUACGGUGGGCGGUAUUUUGAUGGUGGUUUAUUGGUCAAUUGAUGUCAGAAAUAGUGUUUGGACACUGAUUUUAUUGUCUUGAAUGUGGUUGUACUUUAUCGAAUAAUGGCUUUGCUGUGUUAAUUUGUUAUCUUGAUAAUAGCUGGGUGUGUUUUUUGAUAGAAGCAGGGAAAGGAUAGCGUAUCAUUCAACCAAAUCAAGCUCUGCCAAGGCUUUGGAUGCCUUGGGUGAAGUUCUCAGAUACAAUCAACUUAUUCUGGGGACAAAUACGAGCAAAAUAACGGAGAUCUGCGUUCCCCUCCCUCUUCACAUGAGAAGAAAGGAAGAAAGUGGAAGAUGCAGCAAUAGUAUUAACAUUGUCAGUGAACAAGUAUGCUGGAGUACAUCCCACAGCUUUGUGUCCAAUCUUCCGAACAAUAUCCAGAGCAUCACAUUUGAGCCACAAGUUCUCAUAGAAAUUUGUCUGAACAUGGGAUACACUUCACAGCUACUGCCGCGACCUUCACUAUCACGAAAACAGGCCCUAGACCUGCACCAAUACCCUCCAGCAUCGCAGUGUCAGUACUCACCUUAAUUACAUUCCUUGGGGGAGUAGACCACCCACUCGCAGUCUGUAAAAGCUCUCUGCAUCCACCGCUGAAGACCCUUGUUCAGUAAAACUGGAAACCCUGCACAUAUUUAGAAAACAACUGUGCAAUCGCACAAGAACCAGAAACUUGCUGUUCAAAAACCACUUUGUCACAGCGGGACCACGCAGCUCAAGCAAGGGUGGUGACGGAACCAAGGUCUUCCAGAGAAACUUUCUGAGAAAUCCAAAGAAAGUGGUCUUCGAAGGAAGUGAUAGGAGCUUCAAUCAAAUAUCCUAAAAGCGGAGAGGAAGCCCAAAUGGAUUGUGAUCCCAAGCACUCGAACAGUGUGUAUAAUUGAUUCAUUCUCAUACCCACAAAAUGUACUGCUUUGAUCAGAGCUUACAUGUCUCUCGAAAAGAGUACCUUUGGUGGCAAGUGUACCAUACCAAUACAGACUCGCGAUAUAAAGCUUUGGAGGUCCUUCAAGUUUCCAGAUUUGUAACUUGGGAGGACAGUUACUUCAUUUGUUAGGAUGACUUCUCAAUCACAAUCAUAACUCAUAAGGCUCAGCAUCAAAAUUAUGCUAGUGUGAUACUAAGGUGGGCGGCAUUUCAACAGCGAGGUUUGUUUGCCAAUUGAUGAGCUUAUGUUUAGACAUUGAUUUUAUCGUAUUGAAUGUCGUUCUGCUUUCUCUAAUGAUGGCUUUGCUCUGUUAAUUGGUUGAUAAUAUAGGUGGGUGUUGUUUAUAUCUUUCUUGUUCUUUUAUGGGUGUGACUUGAAAUGUGGCAAAUGCUGAAAAUUUUAUUGAUAUGAAUUCUGGGCUAUAUUGCAACCUUUGAAGAUUUUAUUUUCUGCCAUUGACAUGACUGAUAAACCAGUGCAAUGACUAUUACCAGCUCGCAGUGCAAAGAGUAUGUCAAAUUCUCAUUGGUUUUAUAGGUUUUUUUAUUUUGCAAGUUUAACUCAUUGUUUUUCCGAGCGAGAUUUAAUUCUCUAUAAAAGGUUCAUUUGCAUCGCUAUAUUUUUUUUAAGGACAUUAGUUACUCCCUCCGGUUUUUAAUUAGGUAACCCCUUUCCUUUUUGGAUCGUCAUUUAUUAGUUACUCCUAUUCAAAUGAAUAGCGCUAAUACAAUCCACGGGAGGGGAUUACAAAAUACAUUCUUGAUUCAACCUUUCAUAUCUUCCUUUGAUUGAUCUUGCUAUGGCAUCUGCCAACUUGUUUGCUCCACUCCCCUCGUACUGUAGUAUAGUGCCUGAAAGUUGUGUUAGCAACAUCUUUCAGUACGUUCAUGAUCAUUUUAGUUAAGGUUAUUCUUGAUUUUUGUGGUGUCUUCAGAACUUGCUACAACUUUGAUUUAAUCUGAGGCCAAAAUUACAUUCUGCCAAUUUUUCCUUUUUAGCCAAGGUAGAGCCGUUAGGAUGCCUGCAAGUUCAGUUUAAAGGGGUUACCUUCAAAGAAAGAGGAGGUGAUCCCCUCCCCCCCUCUUUCCUAGGUGGUCUCUACAGAUUGCCGCGGUUUCGGCUUCUUUAGACACAUGGGAGAAACUACAUUUGUGUUAACUUUUAAGGAAGGGAGAUUGGGGGAAGAAACCAACUCAAUCAAGGGUCGAGGAGGAGAGGGACCUCACCAGGCCAUCAUAGGCUGAUCCAGUGAUCCUAGGUAUGUUUCUUCUUUUUGAGCAUCUAAGAGUUUCUUUUAUUGCUUUAUUAUCUUCAGAUUUUUAAGAACCCGAAACUUCAAUAGUUUAGGGGUUUGCAAAUCCUAUCAUAACUAGGGGCGUAAAUGCAUUGGACUGUAUUGGACUUUGUCAAAUCCAAAUUUAGUCCAAAGUUUUUUGGACAUUAUUAUAUAAUAAAACAUUUUUUUUUUUUUUUCCGAUUUAUUAAGAUAGUCUUUAGUGUGGUGAACACGGGCCAGACUAUGUCGAUCCACAAGACGGGCCAAAAGCACUGUAAUUGGCCAUGCCUAAGCCCGUCUUGCUGGGGUGGGGCAGUGCCAAGCCAGACUCACUUUUGAAAACCGCAUCAUGACACGGGCUUGCCUGGCCGAUUGGGCUCGUGCCGCCUACGGGCUGAGUUGUUUUCAUUCUGCAGGCCAAGUAGGCGUUUUCCUGCGGGCCUUUAGCUUAGAAGAUGCAAGACUUGACUUUUCAAUAUGCUUUCACCUAACAUUAUGCAAACAUUCCACUGAGACAUGUCCAGCCUGCCAUACAGUGCUUGACAAACAUUUGUACAGAAUAUUGACAUUUUUUGAUAUAUUCACUUCAUAAUUUGCAUCAUUCUUGAUAUCUUCCUAAUUUGUUACAAUAAUUUCCUAUUUACUUUGUACCACUUUAAUACACACUUGUAUAUUAGAUAUGUUAUUAUAAUAAUAUUAACGACACUAGUAUUAUAUUAGAAUGACAAGCUAAAAAUCUUAUAAUCAAACUGGUUUACUAACUCAAAAAGAAAAGGCUUAAUAUGUACAUAGAAUAAAAGGGAAAAUGUUGAUUGAUUAGAACAACACUCAAUUGGUAAUCCGAAAGCACAUAUUUUAAAAGUUACUCUUAUCUUUUAUAUGAAAGGAGCUUACAUGUAGAAAUUAUAUGAAAUGAGCUAGUAGUAUUAACAUUGCAUAAAUGUCAUGCUACUAGUCAUAUUUAUGAGUCAUACAUGCAUGAUGUUUUUAUUUAUUUUUAUCUAUUUGAUUUAUUCAUUUGACACCUAUCUAUUUAUUUAUUCAUUUGUACUUUUUCCCAAAAGUCUUCUCCAUUGGUAUUGAUUAGUUCCAAACAGAUUCACUGUCAAAGUAUCAACCAAUGUGAUAGGUGUCAACUUUGAGUUCUAUGUAAGGGAAAGACCAGAUCCUCUGAUAUACCAACUGGGCUUGACGUGAGUGGUUAAGUGUCUCUCGCUCCUUAACCAAGGUCUCGUGUUCGAGCCUUGGGUAUGAAAAAAUCCAAGCUGGGAGAGAUGCCGUGCUUAGAGGUACCCAUGCAAUCUCCCGCAUGAGAUUAGUCCACUAGCCGAAGGCGGUGGGAAACUCCUCGUAGUAGGACAAAAAAAACAAGGACAAUAUUAUUGUUGGAUUUGCAUUAAAAACUAAAUUCAUACAUUUCUUUUGUAGAAAUAUAUGAAAUGAACUAAAAGUAUUAACAUUGCUAUGCUACUAGUCAUUUAUAAAAGUAAAUAUGUAUGAGUCAUACAUUCAUGAUGUUUAUAUUUAUUUUUCUCUAUUUAAAGUACCUUCCUUUGUAUUUUUUUUUUUCAAAAGUCUUCUCCAUUGAUACUGAUUACUUCCAAACAGAUUCACUAUCAACCUACGUGAUAGGUGUCAACUUUGAGUUCUAUGUAAGGAAAAAACCAGAUCCUUUGAUAACUCACUUAAUAAAAUUAAAGCAUGAAACUCCGCAAAAUUAGGAUUUAACCAAUCAUGUAAUUAAAUAAGAAGAGUAACAAAUUAUUCUUUCCAUUUUCCAUACAAUAUGCACAUCCAUAAGUAAGACCAAAUUUCUAGCUAGUAUCACAUAUUCACAUAUCCUCAAAAAUGGCACUUUCAAUGGCUAAGAAAAAACCAUUAGAUCAGGUUGAAAACCAGAACUUCAAACCUGAUUCGUGUUUUUUCAAACUUGUUAACAGAAUUUUCGCCGCUUUUAUAUUCAGCCUUUUUCUCAUCUUCAUCUGGUCUUCCUGCACUAUUAUUAUCUCUGGCUCCAUUGCCCAUGUUUGUGUAACGUCUCGAAAGCUUAACAGUCGUUACUGCCUCUCUGCCGGUGUUCAUCCAACCAACUACAGUCUACCGAUCAACCAAAAUAUUACUGAAGUUUUUUCACCUUCAAAUGAAGUAGAAAAGAUUCAGGCCAACAAUGUCACCCAAAAGAUAAAGACAGAAUUCGCUCAAUUUACGAAGCCUGUCCUAGAGAAGGGCAUUGAUAAGGCGAAGGCGGAGGAGUUAGCGAAUUCUAGGAUGGUUGUGGAAGCGCAAAUAGAGAUUUUGAGAUCCUACAUUGUGAAAUCAAAGCCUAUAAGUUGUGAGGGAAGAGGGAUAUAUGUGUAUGACCUUCCUUCGAAGUUUAACAAGGAUUUGGUAGCGAAGUGCAAUGAGAUAAUGAGCUGGUUUGAUUUUUGCAAGUACUUCAAUAAUGAUGCGAUGGGUGAGCCUAUAGUAGAGCUUGGUAAUGGAUGGUAUAACACUCAUCAGUUUUUGUUAGAGCCAAUUUUUCACAAGCGCAUUGUUAAACAUCCUUGUAGGGUUGAGAAUGUGGAGGAUGCUAAGGUUUUUUAUGUGCCGUUUUAUGGGUCCUUAGAUAUGCUAAAAACUCACUUUAGUCAGGUGAAGGGGAAGGAGGAUUCGCAAAUGCAAGUGCACAAGCUCUCUAAGGACAUUGUUGCGUGGCUUAAAGAGCAGGAGACUUGGAGGAGGAAUUUUGGGCUGGACCAUGUUUUUGUCCUAGGGAAGAACUCUUGGGAUCUUCAUAGGUCGGAGAGUCUACAUUGGGGUACACCUUUGUUGGAGCUCGAUGAACUGCAAAGCCCGAUUAAGCUCAUAAUUGAACGACAACCCUGGCAUAUGAACGAUGUGGGUGUACCUUACCCGACCUAUUUUCACCCGAGAUCAGAUGAAGAGAUUAUAGCAUGGCAGGAGAAAACUAGGCAGGUGCAACGUAAACACUUAGUCAGUUUUGCAGGGGCUCCACGGAAGGACCCAAUGAGCAUAAGAUCGAUCCUCAUCGAGCAAUGUACUUCUGCUCCUGGAGUGUGUAAGUUUCUUAAUUGUGGAGAGAAAUUAUGUGUUGAAUCUUCACCUGUUGUACAACUUUUUAUGGAGUCAGAGUUUUGCCUUCAGCCUGAUGGGGAUAGUCCAACAAGAAAAUCGUUUUUUGAUUCGCUUGUUGCUGGUUGUAUUCCUGUUGUUUUCGAUCCAUUUACGGCUCAUUACCAAUAUCCAUGGCAUUUACCUGAAGAUUACAACAAAUAUUCUGUGUUUAUAGACCAAAAGAAGGUGAAGAUGUUAGAGGUAAAUGUGGUAGAUCAGCUUGUGAAGAUACCUUUAAAACAAAGGCAAGAGAUGAGGAAAUAUAUCAUUGAUGAGUUGAUGCCUAGGAUGGUUUAUGCACAUGCUAAUGCUAAGUUGGAAAAAUUUGAAGAUGCAUUUAUUAUAGCUGUGAAUAAUAUGGUGCAAAUGGUGGUUAACAGAUUAACUUAAGUAGAAUUUUAUUGUAUGGUUACUUUACUACAUUCAUUUAGACUCUUAGGAAGAAUAUGCAAUACAUGUUUAGAGAUAUAUACUCAUUUCUCUGAGUGAUCUUUCAGAUGAAACAUCAUUCUUGUCUACUGUUUACUUUUGUAGUGUACCAUCAUCAUUUUACCAGGUAUACUGUUUGCAAAGCUCAAACAUAGGAAAGAGUUCAUGAUAUUUCUAAUUAUUGGUCAUAUAUAAGAAAUUAUCUGUUCUCA